AGAAGUAGAAAAGCGUUCAACGAUAGAAAAUCCUGCCUGAACGAAAAUCUAACAUCAAUUGAGGAAAACAGAGCAAAAAAUUCAUGCAGUCCAAAAUCAAUUCCUUCUUCAAAUCUUCUUCUUCUUCUUCUUCUUCUUCCACCAAAUCAUCUGUUACUCCUCCAGUUGUUGAUGAUGAUGAAAUGGCGAUAUGGGUGAAGGCUGACCACGUAUUCGUCAACACAUAUUCGCGCAGAGUGAGGAAAACGGAUGGGGUUUUGAUUGGGGAAAAGGGCAAUGAAGGCAGUAAAGAAUCAAUCAAUGAUAUAACCAAGAAGCUCGUCUCGGCGAAUGAGGUGAAUGCGUCUGGAAGAGCAGAAUCUCAUCUCCCUGGAAAAGUUCUCAAUAAAAAGAGAAGCUAUGCCCAGUUCUAUUUAGAGCUAGGCCAAUCUGAUUUUCUUCUUCACACUUGUUCAACCUGUGGGUUUAAAUAUGCUUCUGGUGAAGAAGUUGAUGAAAAAAAUCAUAACAUAUAUCAUAAGAAUUACACCCAUGGAAUUCAGUUCAAGGGAUGGCACAAUGAAAGGGUUGUUCAUGCGCCAAAUGGUGAAGGGGGUCGUGUUAUUUUGGUGUUGGAUUCUGAUUCUGUUGCUCAGAGGAAUAAGGUCCAAGAGGUUGUAAAUGUGAUGGAGAUUGAGCUUGGUGAAGGAUGGAUCUUUCAUAAGUUUUGUAAGGUGUAUUUUUUUGUCUCCUCACAUAGGAUUGCUGGCUGUCUAGUUGCUGAACCCAUAAAGGAAGCAUUCAAAGUGGUGUCGUGCUCGGUCAGUGAAAGACAUCACGGGGUUGAAGCGAAGAAAAGAUCAAACUCAACCACAAUCCAGUUUGGAAAUAUAAUCUUGCAAAGGGAAGUUGUCAAAAGAGCUCCUGCUAACUGCUCAGAGUUAACAGACGCAAAGAACUGCGGAGCAAUUGUGUGUGAAGAAGAUGCUGUACCUGCAGUUUGCGGCGUUAGAGCAAUCUGGGUCACUCCCAGCAACAGAAGAAAGGGCAUUGCCACGCAUUUGCUUGAUGCUAUGAGGAAAAGUUUCAGUAUGGGGUUGGCGCUGGACAGAACUCAGUUGGCAUUCUCCCAACCAAGCUCAGCUGGAAGGGCAUUGGCAUCCAACUAUACAGGCACUGGAUCGUUCCUAGUGUAUAAAACCAGCAAUUUGACUCAGUAGAUUCAUUCGUUUUUAGCAGAGAAGAAGAUGAAUCAUUCUUAGUUUAUUUACAUUUUAUCCACAACUUUGUCCCUUUAAUGAAUCAUUGUUCUCUGAUCUCUACAUUUACAGCAUUUUGUUUAUGUAUAAAAUAUUUGCCACUCU